AUGGGACAGGAUGCGUUCAUGGAGCCCCUCAGCAGCACACUUGGGGUCUUCCGAUGCAAAAUAUGCCUCCUGCUCUUAGCAGGCACCUGCUCAGGGCUGACAGUCACCGUGCCAUCGCACACCAUCCACGGCAUCAGGGGCCAGGCCCUCUACCUCCCCGUGAACUACGGCUUCGACACUCUGGCUUCAGGCAUUCAGAUCAUAUGGCUGUUUGAGAGGCCCCACACAAUGCCCAAGUACUUACUGGGCUCAGUGAAUCAGUCUGUGGUUCCUGACCUGGAAUACCAACACAAGUUCACCAUGAUGCCACCCAAUGCAUCCCUGCUCAUCAAUCCACUGCAAUUGACUGAUGAAGGCAGUUACAUCGUGAAGGUCAACGUUCAGGGAAACGGAACUCUCUCAGCUAGUCAGAAGAUACAAGUCACUGUUGAUGAUCCUGUCACAAAACCAGUGGUGCAGACUCAGCCUUCCUCUGGGGCAGUGGAGUAUGUGGAGAACAUGACCCUGACAUGCCUGGUGAAAGGGGGUACCCGGCUUGUUUACCAGUGGCUGAAAGAUGGAAGGCCUGUCCGUACCAGCUCCACCUACUCAUUUUCUCCCCAAAACAAGACCCUUCAUAUUACGCCAGUGACUAAAGGCGACAUUGGAAAUUACAGUUGCCUGGUAAAGAACCCUGUCAGUGAGUUGGAGAGUGACACCAUUAUGCCCACUAUAUAUUAUGGGCCUUAUGGACUUCGAGUCAAUUCUGAUAAAGGGCUAAAAGUAGGGGAAGUGUUUACGAUUGACCUUGGAGAAGCCAUCCUGUUUGAUUGCUCUGCUGAUUCUUAUCCCCCCAAUACCUACUCCUGGAUCCAGAAGGCGGACAAUACCACGCAUGUCAUUAAGCACGGACCUCGUUUGGAGGUUGCAUCUGAGAAAGUAGCCCAGAAGACAACCAAUUUUGUGUGCUGUGCUUACAACAAUAUAACUGGACGACAAGAUGAAACUCACUUCACAGUUAUCGUCACUUCUGUAGGGCUGGAAAAGCUUGCACACAGAGGAAAAUCAUUGUCACCUUUAGCAAGUAUAACUGGAAUAUCACUAUUUUUGAUUAUAUCUAUGAGUAUUCUCUUCCUGUGGAAGAAAUAUCAACCCUACAGAGUCAUAAGACAGAAGCUAGAAGGCAGACCAGAAACAGAAUAUGGGAAGGCUCAAACAUUUUCAGGCCAUGAAGAUGCUCUCGAUGACUUCGGAAUCUAUGAGUUUGUCACUUUUCCAGAUGCUGCUGGUGUUCCCAGGCUGCCAAGUAGCUCUGUUCUGACCUCCGAUGGUGCAUCAGCGCAAGAGCGACGCAGCACCACGAUCUAUGAAGUGAUUCAGUAUGCUCCUGCCCCACAAGACCACGCCCAGUGAGCAUUCCUGAGCAAGGCGGUGUAUUGGAGUGAAAUAACGAAGGAACAUUUUGAGGAAAAAGACUGGAAAUGGACAUUCUUCCAGAAUCGGGAAAGGACUGCAGCUCAAUACCGCCUACUCGUCCCCCUGUUAACUGUGGGCUAGCGUCGUUUCUGAGAAGCUGGACAGCAGGUUGUCCAGGUUAAGCCAUGCAUUAUGUUCAGAAGAAAGUGGUGAAAAAAGACUCCGCGUUGGGCCGUUUUUAUCAUGCUAAAUGGGAGGAAGAAAAGAAUGGGGCUUUCCAAUCAAUCUAUUUGUUCUGACCGAUUCUUUCACUUUCCUCAACCAUGACACUAUCAUAUUUUCGUGCCGAUGUGGAAACUUCUAUUCAUAAACUUUCUACAAGAUUUGUUCUAUUAAACACUUAUUAUGGUUAAGACUGCAA